GAAAAAUGUAUACGUGUAAGGAUGGCUUGAUCCCCUUGCUGUACAGUGGGAAAAAAAUAAACUAAUAAAAAAUAAAAAAUAAAAAUAAAAUCCUAGCUAAAUAAAUAAAUAAAUCUGGUGAAUGGGAAACUCACUUUCUUCCUUGCAGUAAUUGGGUUUUUGCUUCAGAUUCUGAAGACUGACACACUUGAGCAAGGACCCCAGGUGACUGGAUUGCUCUGAGCACUCUGGUUAGACUUUACAUUAUGAAUUUUCUACUUUUGAAGCAGAACUUUGGGCCUAGGCCUGAUCUUGAGAUGGCCUUUCAAUGAGUGGUGUCCUAGCCGAGACUAACUCCCUUGGUUUGAGGUCCCCAUGGAGUUGCCUCCCUGGUGCUGGUGACACACUUGCUGUGAGGAGCUGGCUGUUGGGGUGUGGUUCAAAUUGUGGGAGAGCAGAUGGGAAGAGUUCCAGGAGGAACACUCUGCAAUCGUCUAGAGAUCCAGUUCUGUUUCCAAUAACUGGCUUCUGGGAGGAGAAUGAGUUGCUUAAAUUUGUUCCAAACCAGGUGAUGAUGAUGAGGCUAUCUUUGUUGAGUAGGUGCAGGUCGGCAUCUAGUGAUAAGCUGUGUCCCUUGUUUAUAACUGAAGUCAUAUAUUUCAUUUAGUUUGCCCUGGGUUUUUCUAGUUUCAGCAGUGGAAGUCCAGGAUCCUGCAUACUCCCUUUCUCCUGAGAAAACCAGCAUGGUUGAUCACCCUAGGAGAGUCUGAAGAGUUAUCUUAGCACAUGUUCUGGUUGGACCUGGAGAGGGAAGAGGUUGAGAGGGCAUUGAAGUGGUUUGAGGUCAUUUUUGGGCUCUCCAAGUUUGAGUCUUCAAAGCCUUGUACUGUUGAGGGUUUGCUAAGGUAUAUUCUCCUUAAGGCAGCAAACCAAGGAAAAAGAUGGGCACUUUCUGGGGCAGGAUCUGUAUAUCCUAUUGAUUCUUGCUUCAAAUUCUCACCCAAUCUUUUUUUUUUUUUUUUUUUUUUUCCAGUCGGGGUGGGUGAGGUGGAGGUGCUGCCAUUGGGUUACUAGGACCAGUUUGAAAGAACAUUCCUUGAUCUAUGUUCAUUGUCCCCUUUGUCUGACCCUGUGUAUGGUAGAACCAUGAGUACUGCCUAGUUGUGAUUUGGAUACUUAAGUAGGUAUAAAUCUAAACUGAUAGUAUAUAGAGCAGGUUGAGGUGAAACACAUUUUAUGGCAGUGUUUCCCAGAGUGUGGUCUGAAACUACCUUUUCAAGAUCACCUGGGGAGGCUUAUUAAAUAGAUUCCUAAGCUCAGCCCCAGAGACUAUGAAUCAGUAGGUUUGGUGAUGGGACCAGGAAACUGUAUUUUUAUAAGCACCGCAUAUUGUAUUCAUGAAUUGUGACAUUAGAGGACCAAUCUUCUGUUCUGUUAUUAUUUAGGUGCUGUCCAGAGGUUAUUGGGGGAAAUCUGCACCUGAUUUUGCUCUUUGUAGGAGGGGCCAUAAAAAAUAUUUGGGACUUUGAAUGGCUUUUUAUUAUAUAUUAUCAUUCUGUUAAUUGUGUGGUAUUAGGAUUUGGGUGAAAAAAGAACAUUAGUAGCAAUCCUCCUGACACUUUACUGAUGCUAUUAUUUCUGCUUUCAGCAGUGGAAAGAGAGAGAAUUUCAGUGGAAAGUGACAGAAUAAUAUCUUCUUAGCAGUUUAACAGCUUUUGCUCUCUACUUUCCAGGCCUCCCCUAGGAUUGAAGGGAAAAUUAAAUGAAGGAAAUGAGUCAAAAUCAUAUAGAAAAGAUAAUAGCACUGACUACCCUAUGUUCUGAAACUGGGCUAAAUGCCCAGAUCUUUAAGCUGUUUUUUGUUGAAGUCAGCAUUUUUUUCCUCCUGUUAAUUGCACUUGCUGCCAUCAGAUGUCUGGUGUUUUUAAAAUCAUAUCUAUUCUAGAAAGAGAUUUAUUGCAUUUCAAAUCCAGAUGACAUCUUAGCUGGGAAUUUGGCUUUUUUCCAACCUCAGGCAGAGCUAUGCUUAUAUAAUAAUCUUUUUCACAGGCCAAAAGUGCUAUUGCUCUGUCAGUCAGCUGGUAUGUUCAAAUUCCAGAUGUGGGCCAACUUGAAAAAUGUGAUUUUGGGAGUGGCUGUUUAAUUCACUGUAACUGGGCCUGAUCAGGAGCUGUUUCAGUUGAUGGCAGCUUUCAUGGUGGUGGUGGUGUAUGGGGUGAGAUUGGUGUAUGGGAUGGGAGUGGCUGGAUAAUUUAACUCAGGAUUAAAUAGAAUACAUAGGUCCAUCUAACAAUGGCCCAAACUAAGGAUAAUAAAAAUAAUGAUUUAGAAGUAUAAUUUUUUUCUUGUUUAUAAAUUACUUUAUAAAUACAUACAAGUGAGUGUUUUGUGCUGGUUUUUGUCCCCUACUUGCAGGGCACCAGCCCUCUUCAGAUUCAAAUGGGGCAUUUCACAUAGACUCUCGUAAGUCUGGAUGUCUGUGUUAUGGCCACAUUUUUUAUUUCCUUUUCAACCAUCGGCUUCUGAUUCCACAUCUGAUGAUGCCUCCCUCAUUUAAAUUGCAUCUCCUCCAUACUUUGUGCUAGGCAGAGAUUAACUCCUUCUUCCCCCAAGUUCCCCAAAUUUGCUUCUUUUCGUUGAAGGCUCUGGCUAAAAGUCUCAUAAAGUCUCUGAAUUUUUCUUUCUUUGCAGGGAGCCAAGAAGAUGCAGGGACUCAAAAAAAGGACCUUGCCUAAUGGCAGAAAAACCUAAAGGCAGGUUCCUAACCAAGGAAGGGAGCUCACCUGAAUGGAAACUUCAUGGUGUUAUGGUCAACUUGCCGCACAACCGUGUUCAAAUCUGUCACCAACAGGUUCAUUAAAAACCUGGCCUGCUCGGGGAUUUGUGCCAGCCUGGUCUGCGUGCCCUUCGACAUCAUCCUCAGCACCAGCCCUCACUGUUGCUGGUGGAUCUACACCAUGCUCUUCUGCAAGGUCCUCAAAUUUUUGCACAAAGUCUUCUGCUCUGUGACUAUCCUCAGCUUCCCUGCCAUUGCCUUGGACAGGUACUACUCAGUCCUCUAUCCGCUGGAGAGAAAAAUAUCUGAUGCCAAGUCCCGAGAACUAGUGAUAUACAUCUGGGCCCAUGCAGUGGUGGCCAGCGUCCCUGUGUUUGCGGUGACCAACGUGGCCGACAUCUAUGCCAUGUCCACUUGCACCGAAGUCUGGAGCAACUCCUUGGGACACCUGGUUUAUGUUCUGAUCUAUAACAUCACCACGGUCAUCGUGCCUGUGGCUGUGGUGUUCUUCUUCUUGAUACUGAUCCGCCGGGCCCUGAGUGCCAGCCAGAAGAAGAAGGUCAUCAUAGCGGCGCUGCGGACCCCCCAGAACACCAUCUCUAUCCCUUAUGCCUCCCAGCGGGAGGCCGAGCUGCACGCCACCCUGCUCUCCAUGGUGAUGGUCUUCAUCUUCUGCAGCGUCCCCUAUGCCACACUGGUCAUCUACGAGACCGUGCUCAAUGUUCCCGACACUUCCGUCUUCUUGCGGCUCACCGCCAUCUGGCUGCCCAAAGUCUCACUGCUGGCCAACCCUGUGCUCUUCCUCACUGUGAACAAAUCUGUCCGCAAGUGCUUGGUUGGGACCUUGGUGCAACUGCACCACCGCUACAGUCGCCGGAAUGUUGUGAGCGCCGGGAGCGGUAUGGCUGAGGCCAGCCUGGAGCCCAGUGUGCGCUCAGGUAGCCAGCUCCUGGAGAUGUUCCACAUUGGGCAGCAGCAGAUCUUUCAGCCCAUGGAGGAUGAGGAAGAGAGUGAAGCCAAGUACACCGGCUCAGCUGACCUCCAGGCCAAGGAGCUGCCUACCCCCUGCCUGGAGGCAGAGCAGGGGCCACAGUUUGCAACCCCUGCACUGCCUCCAGGCACAGUGGACUCCAUAUCCCAGGUGGCGCCAGCCAUCCCCAUGGAACCUGAGACAUUCCCUGACAAAUAUUCCCUGCAGUUUGGCUUUGGGCCUUUUGAGCUGCCUCCCCAGUGGCUCUCAGAGACCCGAAACAACAAGAAGAGGCUGCUUCCCCCCUUGGGCAAUACCCCAGAAGAGCUGAUCCAGACAAAGAUGCCCAAGGUAGGCAGGGUGGAGCGGAAGAUGAGCAGGAACAAUAAAGUGAGCAUUUUCCCAAAGGUGGAUUCCUAGCAAGGCUUGUAAAUCCCUGGAAGCCACAGGGCUUCCACAUUCCUGCCCUCCUUCACUGGGCCCUGAGAUUGAUUUGUAGGAUCUCAUUGCAACCCAGUAUGGGUUGACUCUUCCUAUAUGAGCUGAGUGCUUUUGAAUGGGAAGGAAACCUAUAUAAAAUCAAAUGUCCUCUUUAUUGAGGGCGUAUAUAUAUAUAUUUAUUUCAGUGAUCCACGUCCUUAGUAAAGUCUACAUUCCUCUCUGGGGAGACAAAAGCUGGGUAGUGGGAAACAGGUCUUGGGUGAGUACUCUGUGUGCAUUUUCUGGGGACAUCCCAGUUCUAAGUAGAGAAUACAUGGAGAGAAAGAGAACAGGGGUAUUCUAAGGAAGCCCAAGAUAAUGAUGGAGCUCUGUGGCUACAGAGAAAAUCCUAUUUUAAAAUGACAAAUAUUAAAAAUGUUUUAUAACGGUCUCUAUCUUUAGGGAGGGUGAGGCCUUGGCAUUUGACACCUUUUCUCUGAAAGUUCUGAUCACGUGACUCAUUUCGUCUGGAUCUCCUGCACUGGAAUGUAAGUGAAGGAUGUGUGACUGUUGCAGCUCCAUUUGACAGAUAUGGCAACAGACAUGCCUGGGGAGAAGGGAGAUAUUUUAUCCUUGAUUAUCCUGACAUUCUCCUGGCAUCACUAAAUCUUCAGAAAGAUUAGUUUGCAGUGUUGGUUGGAAAACACUGCAAGCUCUUUACAUGUUUUUUCCCCCCUUAAGUUUUUUUUUUUUUUCUUGUAACAAAUGAGAGAGAAGCUUAGAGGUGGAGAAGAGAGACCAAGAAAUAUUCACAUUCUGUAGUCUUUUCCCACAGUGAUUCAAAUCCACUUUGAGGUGGUUUCAUCAGGCUGAAUUCAAACCACAGAUGACACUUCAGUGUCAGUGAGGGUGAAUCAAGUGCCAGCUCUGCUCUUCUCUAGAGGGUGUUUUGUUCUUGUUUAUAGUACACAGGGGAGCCAAUCCAGUGCCUUGAGAAAGCUUAAGGGGAGGCGAGCAUCUUCAGAGGCAAACUCCACAUCCCAAAGGCAGUGGUCCUCAUGGAUCUUCUCCUUCAACCACACUGGCCCUUGUCCCUCAGAGGAAGGUCAGAUUCAGUGUAGGGAGUUUCCUUUCCUUUCCUCUCCUGGGUGCACUGUCUUGUGAUUCCUGAAUGUGAGUCCUUCCCCGAGGAGGGAGUGCCUUCCUCUUUGUGUUUUUCUCCUCGAAGCAUUGUGUGCCCUCUGAGGGAACAGGGGCCUGCCACCCCUCUCCCAGGGCCCCUGCUUUUGUGCAUGCCAUCUGUAGUCCCUCACCCUGAUUCUUCAUGUUGUGGCCCUUCAAGACUAUCUUUCAAAACCUUCACAAUUGUUACAGCUUUCUUCAAGGGGAAACAUAAUCUCUCAGAAAAUUGUGUCCUGUAGAAGAAUCUGUCAAGUGUUGGUGUCCUUCUGAUAAUGUGUAUGUACAACUUAAUAAAUUCUGGUGAGCCAGAGUUUGGUACAUAUUUCUUAUGUGUGUUUGAAGCAGUUGGUUGCCUUCUAACAGGUCAUGGUCGGGUGUAUUUCUAUAUGCUUUGAAGAAUUAUGUUUUAAUAAAAAAUUGAAAAGCAGUUUCUGAACUCAAAAAAA